CUUCCGCAACGCUAUCUAAUGCAGGAAGAAAAAAAAAAGCGCGUCAUGUUCACAGCAUGCAUUUGCCUUCUGAGCAGCACCGGAAGCCAGCUCCUGCAUCCUCGCGUUGCCUUGACAAUUUGUCCAGCCUCGCAGCCUCCUCUCCCCUCAGGAUGACUGGGAGUGACGCAGGGCAGACGGAAAAAACUGGGUCUUGAAGGGAAGAAAGCAGGGCGGCGGGCAACGCUGGGAAAACUGUCGCUUGUUAUUUAUUUCCUCCGGUCUCAAGUCGGACUCACGGCCUGAGGACAUGACGGUUACCUGCGUGCGGGCUUCCUCUGUCACUGUCCAGUAGGAAACCAUCGCCUCAUCCAUCCUCGGGGCGGAUCACUUUGGAUACAUUCCCAAGUGGCGGCGAUUCCCGUUUGCGCACAUGGGAAACUAGUCCAAUCAUUUAUUUUUUCUCACCGAACACCAAGUUCUGUGUCAGUAGGUGGGAUUUUUUAUUUUUUUAUUUUUUUGGGACCUACUUCUCUCUACGUCAUUUCAACAAAACCUCCACCAUGAAUUACUUGCGUCGACGUCUCUCGGAUAGCAAUUUCAUAUCCAAUCUGCCCAAUGGCUACAUGACCGACCUCCAACGCCCCGACCCGCCGCAGCAAAGCCCCGCAGUGUCGCCCGGGCCGGCGGAGAGGCGCCAGCCCGCCGCUCAGCCGCAGCCCGCAGGCGGAGGCUCCGGUUUCUUCUCCUCCAUAUCCAACGCCGUCAAGCAGACCACCGCCGCUGCGGCGGCGACCCUGUCCGAGGCGGCGGACCGGGCUGGCGUCUCCAGCCACGGCAAGAUCCUCCUGGUGAUCGACGACCAGCAGACCGACUGGGUGAAGGUUUUCAGAGGAAGAAAGAUUCACGGCGAAUUUGACAUCAAAAUAGAACAGGCAGAGUUCUCAGAGAUCAACCUAGUGGCCAAUGCCAGCGGCACCUAUAACGUCAACAUUGACGCCAUCAGGAAUGGGCAUAAGGUUACUAAAUCCUUCAGGCCAGACUUCGUGCUGAUCAGGCAGCACGCGUUCAGUAUGGACAGGAACGGAGACCAUCGCAACAUGGUGAUCGGACUGCAGUAUGCUGGCCUGCCAAGCGUUAACACCCUGCACUCUGUCUAUAACUUCUGUGACAAACCGUGGGUGUUUGCUCAGAUGUCAAGACUCCACAAGCAGCUGGGCCCGGAGGAGUUCCCACUGAUUGAGCAGGUUUACUAUCCAAAUCACAAGGAAAUGAUCAGCGCCCCAAAGUACCCUGUUGUCGUAAAGAUGGGCCAUGCUCACUCAGGAAUGGGAAAGGUGAAAGUGGACAAUCAGUAUGACUUUCAAGAUAUCGCCAGUGUUGUGGCGCUGACCAAGACCUACGCCACUUCCGAGCCUUUUAUUGACGCAAAGUACGACGUCCGCAUCCAGAAGAUUGGUAACAGCUACAAGGCUUACAUGAGGACCUCCAUUUCUGGAAACUGGAAAACUAACACGGGCUCUUCUAUGUUGGAGCAGGUGGCCAUGUCAGACAAGUACAAAUUGUGGGUGGAUUCAUGCGCAGACAUCUUUGGCGGGUUAGACAUCUGUGCUGUUGAGGCUCUGCAUGGCAAAGAUGGCAAAGACUACAUUAUCGAGGUUGACGACUGUUCGAUGCCACUGAUUGGGGACCAGCAGGAUGAGGAUCGAGUUCAGAUUGCAGAACUUGUCGUUUCUAAGAUGCAGGAGACUGUUCCACGUACUCCCAGUUCUUCCUCGGUUCGCGCUGCUGCGGCACAGCCAGCACAGAAAGCAGUUUCUCCUCAGCCUGUCUCACAGCCAAGAGUGCCACAGGCUCAACAGCGCCCCUCCCCUCAGGGUGGUCCCCAACAAAGUCCUCCCACCCAGCAGCGGCCCCAGCCUCAAGGCCAGCCUCCUGCACCAGCUCAGCAGUCUGCUGCCAGCCCGGUUCCCGCUGAGCCCGCUUCUCAGGCCAAGCCGAGCCAGGGCCCUUCAGCCCAAACCCGAGCCCCGGGUCAGGGCGCUCCUCAGCGAAGCCAGGGAGGUUCCCCUCAAACUCAGAGGCAGCAGUCUGUCUCCCAGCAGCAGAAACCUCCUGCCGGUCAGAAACCUCCCGGUGGACAGCAGCAGCAGAAACCGGCGCCACUCCCUAGGCAACAGUCGCAGGGAGGAUCACAGAAGGUCCAGCCAGCCCGUCCCGGGCCUCCGACCACCCAGCAGCCGAGACCCGCCGCCCAAGGUCAGGGUGGCCCGGGCGGACGCCCCCCUCUGCAGCAGAAGCCCCAGCCCCCACAGAAGCCCAGUCAGGACAGCCCGGCUAUGGGCGGCUCUCCACAACUAAACAAAUCCCAGUCUCUUACCAAUACCUUCAACAUUCCAGAAACCCCAGCGCCCCGAGCCAGCCUUAGCCAGGACGAGGUGAAGGCUGAAACCAUACGCAAUCUACGCAAAUCUUUUGCCAGUCUCUUCUCAGACUGAGCUGGCAUCAGAUCCUCCCAUCCCUCUUUCUUCUCCUCCAGCUGAGAGAAAAACAGACAGGCAAACUGAUGGACAGACACCCCUUCUCCACCCCACUCCGGAAACGAGCAAGGACCAACAGAAUCUCCAAUUUAUGAGUGUAAUAUGAAAGUGUACACACUUGACACCCACUGCCCAAACAGCUAAUAUCUAUUAGAGUGAACAAAAAGGUAGAAUAGAGUCAGAUGAUGUGAUGUUUCAGACAUUUCUCGCCUUGCUUAAAGCUUAACCGGAUCAUCAUAGCAAACCUCACAAAAGCCUAUAUGUGUGCAUGCGACAACCAUGAAAUAAAAUCAGAAACAAAGCAACACAAUGCUACUACUUCUUAUUUGUUGGUGCUGUAAAUCCGUUGUGGUACUUGUGGUCAAAAAUCUGAAGGACUGUACAAUCGUUAUUGGGAUGAGGACAAUAGUACAAGAUGUUUCCUAUUCCUCCGUUAAAUCCUGAUCCAGCGACAAUUAUUGCAAGUUAUCCUAAAAUAAAAGUGAAAAACAAAAAUGUGCUCCGUUUUCCUGAAAUGAGAUGUUAGAAAGUAUUUUCUUUGGCAACAAAAUUGAUUACAGGAAGUGGGGUACAAACCUUCUUGUGGUGAUAAAGUGAUGUAGCAACUUUUACUAAGAACAAAUUCAGUGAUGCAAAGGCAAAGAGUGUUGCGUUUUAUUCCUAAGAUAAGAAGCUAGCUAUAAUGGUGUAGCAUUAGAGUAGAGGAGGAGACGGAAAUAAAAAAUACCACAGCUGAAGCUGCAAUCUCCACUUCUUCCUUUUCUUGCACAAGCCAGCGUUAGUUAAACAGUUCAGCUCGCUGCAGGUAAUUAGGACGUUAAAACUCCCAUGAACCAUUGCUUCAUUGGCUCAUAAACACACUUUAACUCAAAGACGGUAAAGAUCGAGAAAGCACUAAAAGUAUAAAACGUCAUUGCAGCUCAAUACUAAACCAGAACUGCUAAUAGUAAGAUGUAUAAAAAUAUAGCAACAAAUAACAACCGAAUCCUUAAUGAAAGUAAACAAGCGCUCAUUCAGGAGGGAAAAUGUAGAUUUUACAUAAAGAGUUUCUUCAUUUUUGUUCUAUAUCUUGACAGAAUAUGUUUUCUGUCAGAUGGGAGCAGCUCAAAGUCUCAACAGGGAGUUGAGACUUUUAACUACCUUCAGACAAAUCUGAAGGUAUUUAUCAAAUUACGGCUACCAGAUUAUAGACAUUUGUCAUCUUCCUGCUCCUGUGCUCUAAAGUACUUUUGAUGACGUGUCAGAGAGUGACCCGAGUUUUCUCCCGACACUCCGAGCUCAAUUUCACAUCUGUUGCUGCUUCCCACUUAUAUAUUUUUCCACAUUCUUGUAACUAUAAUAAUCAAUAUUCUACUUCAUUUUUGUAGCAGUUUAAUAUAUAUAUUAUUUUGUUUUUCCUGCUUUAAAUAAUAGGUAUUACCAUCUCAUAGCUUGGUAUACUUUCUCCAUUAACAGGGUGCUAAUAUGAAACUAUGGCAUUUUCAUCAGUUAUCAUAUCAUGGAAACCUUAAAGAAACCCAUGCUUAGCUGGGAUAUUAUUAAUGAUAAGCAUCACUAAAAAGUCAUUUAAACAGUGAAAUAUUGACAAUGCAAAUAGCAUCAACAACAAAUGUGUUAUUUUAUCUCUUGCUGUUAAGUUAUUUUAUGUUACAACACUCUAAACAUGAUCCGUUUUGAUAUCGGCUUUGAUUGGGAGGAAGACUUUGAGAUUUCACACAUCCUGAUUUGUGCACUCCAGUGGGGAACCGACCCCCAUUCUGGGGAUUCUGACAAAACACAUUCCUAUAACCCACUCAAAAUAUCAGCAGCUGAAUUUUAGUCUCAAUAAUCAGCAUGUAGCAAAAUGCUGUUGAUUAAAAAAGAACAAAAAAAAAACCAACUUUUGAUCUCUUGAGGGCUAUGGCAGAGGCGAAAAUAGAUUUGUUAUCUCAAUAUUGUCGGAAUUUGACUUGAAAGGUGCAAAAUCCAACCACCGCCUGCCUCAAUAAUUUUUGUACAGUCCACUUCCACAGCUCCCCGCAGUGUUAGCAGACACUCUAGAUGUGUUUGAGCCAUUUCGACUGCUCACGGUGAUGUCGUAGCUGCAUGUCAAUAGGAGGCAACUGUUGCGUUUUGCAGCAUCUCACUCCGGCGCUUGUAACUGUGUCGUCACAUGUAGUGGAUUAGUCAGUAAAGUAGCUUCGUAGGUGUCGUGGGUAUGUCGUCACUCUCGCUUUCUUUCCAUUCAUUUUUGCUGCACACGAAUGAAACGCUCUUCACCUAAAGAAGGAGAAUACUUUUUUUUUUAAAAAAAGGACAUAAGAAAGCACAGCUUAGACAGACAAGAACGUCAGAUCAAACGGAGCUGUCUCAGGGAUGUCCACUUGAUUGUGACACUCGUGCGUGGCUGAGGGUCUUCCAUUUUCAGGCAUAAUGUGGCUGUUUACAGAUGAUGAGGGACAUGCAUGCCUUAUUUUCUUUUCUUUUUUAUUUUUUUGCUGUGACGUCGUUUCAGAUACUUUUUGCACAGAUAUUCAGCAAAAAUCUUACUUGAAAAUAAUGUCAUGCACAAAUGUGUGAAGUUUGCAUUUUCAGGUUUAUUUACUGGGGCAUUUGGUCUAGCGACAGCUCACUUAUUCUUGCUCUCAGAGGUGGUGCUGAGGUGCAGAGGGGAGCAGCACCAACCAGGAGUUAGAAAGCGGUCAACAGGUUUUGCAAUGGCCCUGACUUUCAAGGAGAGGUGGCUGCAUUGCACUCCAAACCUGAGUCUGUUUUAUGAAUCUCAGCAUCUACUUCCUAUUCUUUUACCCUUAUACUCAGCCAAGGAAUGUUAUUGUGAGACUUGUGUGUGCAGUGUUAGCAGCAAAACAAUUGUAAUGAAGGAUCACUGCAGAAGUCUUCUCUAACCGCAGCAGAAAUCCAAGUUGCCAGUGGAAAUCAACUCUUGUUACCAGACGCUAAACAUGUCUUCCAAAAAGAGUGCAUUCCAUGCGGACAUUAAUGUUUAGCUGCAAUAACCUGCUUUUUUUAUCAUUAUUUUUUAGAGAAGUAGAGCAUAAUCACAAAAUAUUGAUUCUGCAGAUUCUCCUUCACGCUGCCUGUGUUUAUUGGGUCUGUUUGUGUAGCCACAGUGACUCCUUGUGCUCAACAGUGCAUUAAUGUGCAAAAUGUCCAAACCGACUAGAUGUGCUGUAAAGAGCUCUGAGCUUCUCCCCCUGGCUGCUGUUCAUGCUUAUUGAUGUUAGGUGUGCUGGCGAAUUGUUCAGUUUUUACGUUAAAGGUAUUCAAGUGGCUCCUUUACUUGUUUUGGCUUUGCCUUUGUAAAAUCCGAGGUUCCGCAGAAUGGGGCUUGUGAUGUUAUGCACCAAUUGAUUCAGGGUAUCAUUUUAAAAUUUCGCAGCUCACUGUCGGCGCAUAUUAUUGUCCGAUUUAUCGCAAGUCUAUCAGCAAAAUCAGCAAUGUGCAAAAGCAAGCCACCGCAUUCACCAUGGAUUGUUGUUUUAAAAAAUAUAUCACCCUCAGAGGCCUCUUCGCCACUCUGAGAUAUAAAACAUGCAAGGCGCACUGAAUGAGCAGAGGCAGCAAUGCAAUGAAGUUUCCUUUUCUUUGGGUUUUCAUCAAUUUGGAUCCUUUACUGUGGCUAUAUCUGACUGUGAAUGUAAAUUUUUGUGUUUGUUUUCAUACAGAUGACUUUAUUGUUUACCUAUUGCACUGUAUAAUCAUUGAGAAAAUAUAAAAUCAUUACGAACCUGUGAAAGGGUUAAAGCAGUCGGUUGAUGCCCCUCAUGUUUAAAUCGUUACACCCUAAAUGUGAAAAAGUGCAAACGCCCGAGGUUCCUCGUCGUCGCAGACAAGACGAUGUGUCGUAUAAUUUAUGGUGGAUUAUUGAGUUAAGUGUACAAAGAAAAUAGAUGUUAUAUGCAAUGUAGCUAUAUCAUGUGAAAAUGAAUAUGUUAUUGAAACAUUGACACGUCCAAUAAAGUCUAUGACCAAAUACGAA